UCACAAUUGCAGACCUGUAAGUACGCGUUUGUUAUCACGAUUGCGGACCUGUAAGUACGCCUUUGUUAUCACGAUUGCAGACCUGUAAGUACGCGUGUGUUAUCACGAUUGCAAACCUGUAGAUACGGGUUUGUUAUCACGAUUGCAGACCUGUAAGUACGCGCUUGUUAUCACGAUUGCAGACCUGUAAGUACGCGUUUGUUAGUAAGAUUGAACUAUAUUUACUGUGACUUCACUAGGAUUAAAGUUUCAUAAUUUUGCUUUUAACUUGGCAGUCAAAGUAGACCCUAAACCUGUGGAUUUAAAAAUGUUUUAUUUUAUUGUGAACAAGAACAUGGUGAAAAGUUAUGGAAACAACAGUGCAAAUGUGAUAUAUUAAGUAAACACGCAUAUUAGUUUUACUGCACAGUUCUAUGUUGACUGCGAUGGGAAGCUAAUUUUAGAUUUAAUCAUAACAAAUAUAUUUAAAAAAAGAUUUGACUAUUUGAGUAAAAUGUUAUAUCUGACGUCAUUAGACUGGCGAGUGGUGUUUUUGUCUUUGUUAUUUUCAACGGUCUUUAACUAUAACGAGUAAGAAUAUAUGUAAUAAGUGUCAGCGGUGACCACGUAUUAUAAGCGCAAUGGAAACUGCACAUUAUUCGUAAACAACACUGCAUUUUUUUUGUGGAAUACACGAUUUUUUUGUGAGCAACAUAUGAUUUUGGUCAGAUCUCAAGUUUCAUAUCUUUAGCCAAUAUCUAGAUCGGAUGCUGCGUGCGUUUCUUUUAGAAUAACGUGUAUUUUUUCAAACACUGUACAAUUCGUAUAUGACACUCUAAUUCAGGCUCAACCUGGUGCACUUCUUAUAUGAAACUGUUUUUCUUGAAACACUGUACUUCUUUUUCAAAGCUGCACAUUUUUUAUACACAUUUCUUAUACACGCUUCUGAUUAUGGCACUGUACGUUUCUAUGGAACACUGCACACACCUUUUGCAACAUUUCACACUUAUCAAACACUGGAAUCUUCUUAUACAAAACUCCGCAUUUCUUUCCAAACGCUGAUCUGUGCCUUGUCAAGCACUGCUUACUUUUUGUACAACAGCGCACGUCUUAUGUAUCACUGUGAACUUCUUUUACAAUACUGCACAUCUUUUGAAGCACUACGCAUUUCUUUUUUAACACUAUACACUUUUUAAACAUCACUGUGUUCAUCUUAAAAACAUUUGACACUUAUAUAAAACACUCUCACCUUCUUAUACAAUAUGGCACACUUCUUUUACAACGCUGUGCUUCCUUACUAACACUGCAUACUUCUACAACACUGCUGCCCAAAUCUUAUACAACACUGCACACUAUGACACACUGCGCAUUCUUUUUGCAAAACGAAACACUUCCUGUGAGAUACUUUGCUCUUCUUAUAUAACACUACACUGCACUUCUUAUGAAACUCUGCACACUUAUGCAACACUCUGCUCUGCUGAUGCAACACACAGAAAUUAAACAUUAAUGCGUCCUACUUUUGAGACACUUCCAUAUUUCUUACAUAACACUGCACACUUCUUAUUCAACACUGCACACUUCUUAUACAACACUACACACUUCUUUUACAACACUGUACACUUCUUAUACAACACUACACACUUCUUAUACAACACUACACACUUCUUUUACAACACUGUACACUUCUUAUACAACACUACACACUUCUUAUACAACACUACACACUUCUUAUACAACACUGCGCACUUCUUAUACAACGCUGUGCACUUUUUUUAUACAGCACUGCACACUUCUUAUACAACGCUGUGCACUUUUUUAUACAACACUUCACACUUCUUAUACAACACUGCGCACUUCUUAUACAACGCUAGCACACUUCUUAUACAACACUGCGCACUCCUUAUACAACACUGCACAACUCUCAUACAACACUUUACAAUUCUUAUACAACACUGCACAACUCUUAUACAACACUGCACAACUCUUAUACAACACUGUACAAUUCUUAUACAAUACUAGCACACUUAUACAUUGCUGCACAACUCUUAUACAACACUGCACACUUCUUAUACACCACUGCAUACUACUUACGUAGAAUUGUACACUUCUUAUACAAUACUGUGCAUUUCUGAUUAAGCACUGCAUUCUUCUUAUAUAACACGCUGCUCUCCUUAUACAACACUGAGUUUUUAUACAAACAAGCACUUUUUAUCAAUACUGUGCACUAUUUUUACAACGCUGUACACUUCCUAUACAACACUGUGCACGUCUUACGUAACACUGCACUUUUUAUACAACACUGUUAUUUCUUCUGCAACUGUGCGCACUUCUUAUGAAACACUAGACUCCUCUGAAACAUGACUGUGUACAUCGUAUAAAACACUGGAUACUUCUUCUACAACACUAUAAUAUUUAUGGGAAACUGUACACUUUCUAUAAAACAUCGUGCAACGCUCUGCACUUUUUAUUAAAAACUGUACAAUACUUAUACUACACUGCGUACAUCUUGUACAACACUGCACAUAAGAUCCAACAGAUCUGAGAUCUCUAAUAAAAGAGAAGUUACCACUUGUCUUAAAUAUUUACGGCGUUAUGCUCUAUGACGUUAAAGAUUAAAAUUGAUGACUUCAAUAAGGUGAAAUGUAUGAAAUGCGUUUUUGAUUCUCCAUAAUAAUAGACCUUGUUUUAUUCAAAGUUGCAACUUUGUGCCAAGGAUGCACGAAAUAUAAAUGUUGGAAAUAUGCACAAUGUGUAAAAACUGAUAAUGUACGACAGGCAAAUCCGUGAAUUUUUCCACGGGUUACCAACUAGUCUGUAGUAAUAACCGUAUUUUAUCUGUCUGUUUAUUAAAAAAAACAGGCACUAAAAAGAAAUACGAUACAUAGGCGCAUUUCUGGAGGUUUUGUUGUCAAUUUAACUUCACAGCAACACAUGAAAAUAACUAGUUUAAAUCCGAAUUUUGAGUUUCAUACUUUUGCCUUCGAACAGAGCGAAAUGGAAAUCUCUUAAUUUCAAUUUUCACUAUUGUGUCAGAAAGAAAGAGAAAUCGAAUUAAUUAGCUAUUGAGUUGAAUUCAAUUUAAUUUUCACUUCGAACAGGAAAAAACAAAACAUAAUAGAGUCACGUGUUCAGAAAAUGUAUUCUCGCAUGCACAGAGAAAUUUCAUUUCCGAUCUUACCCGUCCGUGGCAAAACAUAUUGAAGUGGAAAUGUGUCUUAAGUUGGUUAUACAAAUGUUAAUGGUGAUUAUGGUUUGAAAUGAGCAUGAUGUUACAUUACGUUUUUCUUUUAGGGGCAAUAUUUAAAGCAGAAGUCAAAACCAGGAAGUAAAGGAGACUGUUGCAAGUGCGAAAAACUACCCUGACACGGAAAUGCGCCGUUGGAUCAGCUAAACGUUGUAUUCAAAGAGCUGACCCUAGAAACCCAGAGACAAAGAUAUGGCGUAUACAUGAAAAAAAAGUGUUCGUAAAAUGUUUGUUCAAAAGAGAAGGGAAAAUAUACCGAAUGUGAUCGCAUGGUUUGUGAUGUUUGUGUUGUUAGUUUGUAAGUAAACCUAGCCAUGCGGGAAAGCACCGCAUUUUUGACGUUCCUGCUUUGUUAGAAGAGUUUCUAUUUCACUUAUGGUUUUAUAAUGGUUUUGCGAAAGUGGAAUGCUUUCUCAGCAUGGAUGCGAAGCUAUACCUCCUGUGUAUUUUACUGUCCAUAUCUUUUAUAAUGGCAGCUCCUUUAAAUCCUCUACCAAAGUUGGCGUCAAGAGCGUGGCCUUGUUUUGAUCAGAAUAGCGUACCAAAAAAGCCUAACGAUGGACCAUGGGAUCCUGAUAAAUGUCAUAAAGCGCAAUGUAUUGGAAUAGGGAUUCUCAUGCUUCGGGUCUGUUUUAUACCAGGAAUAACUUGUGGACCAGGAAUGUAUUUAAAACAAAAAGCAGAACCUGGUAGUCCAACAGAUUGUUGUAAAUGUGAAAAACGUAAGUUGAAACACACGAAAGGAAAUUUUAAGUUUUUAAAAGCAUGUUUUUAAUACUACUUUAACUUAAACAAAGUUUUCCGACGCGUUUUGGGUGUCAACAUCCAUUUCCAAGUUACAACUGAAUUAAUAAACUACAGCGCAAGAAUAUAAACAUGAUAAAAUAUAUGGUUAGAUUCUAUCGCUGUUAUUUUUUAAUUCAGUUGUAGCUUGAUA